AUCGCUUCUUUUCUCCCUUCUCUUCCCGCCGUGAAUCUGGUGUCUGUGUCUGCAUCUCCUUCCGACGAAAACAGAUACACUCGAGUGAAGAAAGUAUGAAAUUUAACUUUAACGAGACAGAGGAUGCACCAGAUUCACGACGAUCUCCGACGCCCAAAGAGCCGGUUAGGUGGGUUCCUCUCCAGAGCCACCCGGUUUUCGCUUCUCUUCCUUCCUCCCAAGAUGAACCCGCCGUGUCGCAGCUGUUUCCGAGAAAUUUCAUGGCUUGGGACGGAGACUCGCGCGUAUACUACUGGGAUUCGAGACGAUAUCUCCUUCACCGAUUAUCUCUGCGCUUGGGUGAACCUGAACCAUCCUCCGUCCUCGCCGCAGUCCCGUCCAAGGUGAUGCAACCAGACCUUCAGGUGACAUUUUCUGUUAGCAAAAUCUCCAUCAAUAAGUCUGGAUCAGCUGUACUUCUUGCCGGCUCAGAUGGGAUAUGUGUGAUGUACCUAUUUGGACGUGCUUCUGUGAUAGAAGACAAUGUCAUUUGCAGGGUAGUUUCUAUUGGUUCAGAAAUCUAUACUAGUAGUGACAGUGCCAUAACCUUGCUACAAGCAUCGUGGCACCCUGAUAGUGACACCCAUUUGGGAAUUCUAUCCUCGGAUGCAGUUUUCAGGCUUUUCGAUUUGUCUUCAGAUACUGAGCUACCAGAGCAAGAAUAUUAUCUGCAGCCCGGUGAGCCAGGAAGAUCUAGAACAGCUUCAUCAAUUUAUCCUGCUGAUUUCAGUUUUGGAGGAGAUCAUCUGUGGGAUAGAUUUACUGUCUUUAUAUUAUUCACUGAUGGUUCAAUUUAUAUCUUAUGCCCCGUUGUGCCAUUUGGAAGUGUUUACAAAUGGGAAUCCGUAAUGGAGAUUUACAACGAUGCUAAUAUGUAUGGGGUUAAGUCAUCCAAUUCGUUAGCAGUUAGCAACUCCAGUCUGGCUAUUGAAUGGUUGGAAGCUACAUUUCCAGAUUUGACUGAGCAAGGAACUAGAGGUGAAAAUAUAUUGGUGGUGAAAGCUCAGCCUUAUGCUUUGCUUGACGCAUCACUGGCUUUACAGGGCCCUUUAUAUAAAGCAUCUAGUGGCGACGGAGAUGAAGAUUUCGCUGUUCGGGAGGCAGAAUGUAAAGGCCGGGCAGUGAGUCUAUUAUAUAAUCUUGUUAGCAAAGAUUCGAUUCUGGUAACUGCCUGGAGUGCUGGACAAUUACAGGUUGAUGCCCUGGUUGAUGAAAUCCAGCCUGUUUGGAUAUCUGGUAACUCAUCUCGUCUUCGCAUGAACUCCCACAACAAAAUACAAGGAGUUGCAAUGAUUUGUGAGUCAAACAUAAGUGAGCUUCCAGUUGCAACUUCAAACCUGCCGCUCGAUCACACUGUUUGGUUAGGGCAUCCACCACCACUGUUAAGACUUGCAAUGGUUGAUUUGGCUCUCCCCAAAAUGCGUGAAGGUGGCUCUCUUGUUACCUUGUUUGCUGACUCCCUUUUGCCAGAACGAAUAUACUCCCUUCACGACGGUGGCAUUGAUUCAACAGUCUUACACUCUCUUCCCUUCACAAGUCAGGCCAGUGGAAAAGAUGAAGCUCUCAAAACGCCAUCUGUUCACACUGUCCUAAGUACAUGCCAAGAAGAAUCCGCUGUAUCUCCUUUGUUGGGUUUUGUGCCUCUGUCGGAUUCGUUUGGGUAUUCAUGGAUCGUUGCAGUCUUAUCCUCAGGAGAAUGCAUUGUGGCAGAGAUGAAAACUUGGGAUCUCUUGCUUCCAAUUCAUGUCAGUACGGAUAAGACAGUGUCUUCAAGCGCAAUAGAGAAAAAAGAGCAAGAGAACUCGUGCAUCAUAAGCAAGGAGCUCCUUGCAGGUCCCAAAAUUAGAAUUGCGCCCCACGCUUUACCUAACCAGCGUUCAACUCCAGCCAAUUCCGUAGAAGGCAGAUCAAUUCUGCUUGACUAUGUCAAACUUUUCCAUGAAAACUACAUCGAAUAUGCACACAAGGUCCACUUUGAGCUGCAGCAUCAUGCUCCUAACCUGAAGAGAAUAAUCGAUGACCAACACCAGCGGCUUGCUGAGGCAAAUGAGAAAAUAUCAAAAGUUGAGAAAAACCAAUCUUUUCUGGAGAAAAGGAUUGACAAAGCAAUUGAAAGACAUGAUUCUCUUGAACAAUGCUUGCAACGUCUCCGUAGCUUGCCUGGUACACACAAGAAACCUCUGACGAGAGCAGAACUGGAUUUUAAAUCGGAGCUCGAUCAAUAUGCGGGAGUUGAGGUGGAUGCGCUUCAAUCAUCCAUCGAAACACUGAGAGCAAGAGUGAAGAAGUCAACUCAAAAAUCUCACAAGGGCACAGUAGUCGCAGCUAGUCAGAAAAAGCAGUAUUCAAAGAAAAACUUAAUUCAAGAUACACAAAUGUCACAGCUUCAGUCCACACUCGCCAAACUAUCCCUGAUGAAUAGCGAUAACUCCAAGAAAGUCAAGAUCGUGGAAUCUGCGCUGAAAUCGCAAGAAAGCAGUUUCAUGUAGUCACUCACUGUAACAGGGACGCAGUUAUCAUUUCCUUGACUGACUAAAUCCUGUUCAAAUUUGAAUAUAUGUGCUGCACCAAAUUUUCUAACUCUCUCCUUGUAAGUUUUGUCUGUUAAAUCAAACUACGGUAUUACUUUAAUUUGUCUCUACAAAUGGUCAUUUUCUGCAAACUAUUCCUAUG